AUACAUGUUGAUUCAAAUUCUAUCUCACUUGAAAUUCAACUCUCGGAAGAAUAUCCAUUGCCAUCAGCUCAAUUGCAAAUACCGUCCGGUUAAUAGUGAUAUUUCCCAGGCGGGAUUCCAKCAUCUCUACCGCCACCAACCAACUUUUUUGAUCCAACCAACUCGGAAUCGAAAUCAAUCGUUCUUCUUCGGUUAAACAUACCAUGACGGAACAGAGGUACGCGUUGAUAUGACUGAUGCGAAACGAGAAGGAAUUUCAUACCACAUUGCUCGGAAUGAAAGGGAACCAUUGGCAACAAACGAUACCGCCAUUUUCUCAGCACUCCUGGGAAAGAAAGAGAGGAAAGGAUGGAAUUCCCACGAUUGAAGUCAUCAACAAUUUUGUCUGAUAUUUGUUUUGUCCGCAAAUUACGGUAAUCUGACUCCCACUCCUUGUUUUCGUUUUCUGAUAUUUGCCAUUCAAUUCGAUACGAAACGAAACGACAAAUAACCGAAACUCCUACGAUAUCAUUAUUGAACCUACUGAUGAACGCAUGGGCUAUUCUGCGACGGAUGGGCGAACAUGACCGCUUCCUUCUGCACUUCAAUACACGACUCUCUGACGCGACUCGCUGAUGCAUCAAUGGCGACUUUUAUGUUGUGACGGAACAUCAUCAACAACGGCGAAAACGAUAGGAUGCCCUCCCUGCUGAUGCAGGCGGCUCAAUCUGCAGCCGAAGCAGAUGGAGUUGUUACUCAACAAGUUACAUCAAACGGCAACCAUAACACAGGUAUCAACAAGACCGCAAAAGUUAAGAACAACGUUAACAAAACUCUCAACGKGGGAACCACCAAGAAUGCCCUGGCCAUGGCAGCGGCACAAGCCCAGCUGGUGGUACAGCAACGCCAACAGCAACGCCAACAACAAGCACAGCAGCAGCAACAACAACGCAAGGGUUCGAGUUCCAAAAAGAAGGGGCAGCAACUCCGGAGGGGGAAAUGGACACCGGAAGAAGAAGCCUACGCCAACCGACUGAUACAAGAAUUCAAGGCAGGUCUCCUGCCCCUGACAGACGGGACAACGCUUCGAACCUUUCUGAGCAAACUCCUAAACUGCGAUCCCAUGAGAAUAUCGAAAAAGUUUGUCGGAUCCAAUUGCAUCGGCAAGCAAGUCUUUCGGCGCAGAACAGCCGACCUGAAUCGUCUGACGCCGGAACAAAUCCAGAAGUCCCGGGCCGAGCUCAGCGAGCUAGAACGCCGGUUUUUGGAACGGGUCGCGCAGACAAACCGCGUCAAGAACUCGUCCAGCGUGGGUGGUGGUGCGUCCAACAGCAACCACCAAAACUCACACAUGCACCACCAGCACCGCCACAACCAACAAAUGGUAGCCGGCAGAAACGGGGUGGUCAACCCAUCGCACCACAACGCGGUCGUUUCGGCGGCGAUCUCCGCCGCGGCGGCUGCAAAUGCCGGCCCCCUUCGCGGGAUGAACAUGAACCGAGCCGGAAACGCCUUCCGAAACGGGGGAUCCCUCGGACACCAUGCCGUGGCCGCUGCUUCCAAUCCACCGUGGAUGCAGCCCCCAAUAGGCUACAAGCAGGGACUGGGAGAACAAAUGGCGCGGGACAACCUGGCAGCCGGGCAAGCCAAUAGCCGAACGGCUGCAGCGGGCCGGGCCCUUCUGGAAGGACUCAACGGUGGCCGUGGUGGAAGCAGCAACAAGGGCGGAAACGAUUUGCAACCGCUCUCUGCCAAUCCUCCCAGCAACAGCGGCAUGAUGGCUAUGGCCGAGCUCCAGCGCCGGGCCAGCAUGUCUCGGGGGUUCGGACACCAGUCGGCCCAGAACAUUCUCGAGGCCCUUUCCGCAGGCAGCAGCCAUUCGUUGACGCAAAUGGCCCGGAACGCCAGCAGUGGCUCGUUUGGAGGGCUCAUGAAGUCGGGCUUGUCGCGAGAUCAGCUCAGCCGAUUGCUCCAGGGUGGAUCGUCCUCUGCCUCCCUCGCCAACAUGAAUCUGGAAAACGGGCGCAAGAAUUCCUUCGAUCAGCUCAUGAGCCUCGAGUUUCAGAGCCUACAGUCCAUCGACAACCUUGCAAAUCUAGUGCAAACGGGGGGAGGUGGCUCGGCAGGCGGCCACGGAGCUCCCUCCAGUGGUAUCAAGAACUGGUCGUCCACCCAUGCUUCUGGUGGUAUGAAUGGCAGUGCCGGCCGCCUUGGUUCUGCCGCGAGUCUCGCCCAGCGAUUGGCCAGCCAGAACGAUUUCCAGUCCAUUAUGCGAGGCCUCUCAAGCUCGAACAACAUGAGCCGGACGGGACUCAACAACGAAGGCGAUGGUUACUCGGGCGGCAACACCAACGGUAACACCAGCGGCAGCAACCCAUUCGGAAAAUCCUCCACUGCAAACCUACAGAGCUUGUUCCAGAGCAUGAACAACAAUGGUGGAAGCACCAGCAUGAGCAGCCUCCUCGGUGGAAACAACGCGAGUGCCGCCUCCCUCGCGAACCUUUUAAGGCAAGACAAUUCAUCGACGGGGUUGUCGGCACUCCGAAAUUCCGACGGCCUCAACGGGCGCAACACCACCAGCGUCGAAGACUUUUUGAGUUUGGUCACGUCGGGGGAUAUACCCCACCAAGAUCCGGCCGUUCUCAACCUUCCGCUGAGCCAGUUGCAACAGCAGCAGCAACUCCAGAAGCUACAGCAGCAACAGCAGCAAAACGACGGCAAUCUAAACACUAAUGGGCGAAUGAACGCGGGUGGGAAUGCCUCCGGCAACAACGAGAACGAAAACAGACAGAGAAACAAUAUAAACGGCGGCAACAAUAGCAACAACAACGGGGACAACAGAAGCAAUAGAAACAAUGCGGCCGCGGUGAAUCUCCUGGCGCAGGCCACCGGAAACCCCGCGCUGGCCAACGCACUGACCUCGCGUUCGUUUGGGAGCAACCUCGGAAGUUUUGCCGAUUUUUCUCGGAACAAUCUCUCGAGCCUGGGCUCCACCGCCGAACUCUUGCAGCAGCUGUCCGACAGCGGUGGCGGGAGCAGCAGUGCCAACCUCAAGCGAAAGCUCCUGGACGUCGACGGUGCCCUGGAGGCCCAGGGCGUGGGCAAGCGGUGAUGCAUCAAAGCGUCACAAAACUAAGCGAGUGAAGACCCAAUCAAGCCUGUUUGAUUUCCGUACCUUGCUGCUUGCUUUUGAACGCUUCGUGCAUGUUCCUGCUGCUACUGCUGCUACACGACACUUUUUUGGUAACCAUUGUAAAAUACAAAAGCAACUAGGGGCCAACAUUCAAUAAUGGCACGCUACGACAUAUUUGUUGCCUUUGUUUCUUUCUUCCUCUGGGUAUGCAUCCCAUCGCAUUAUAUCAUAUCAAAUACACUAACAUUUUACUGCAUCUCCACAUUCAUUGGAUUGCAUAACGUCUAAGCAAGCCUACUCGUUUGUGCGAACUAUCGUGCAUCAGAACGUCACAACUGCAUACAUCAUACAUAACUUUGUCAAUAAGUACUGCAUAUUAUUCAAAUGAAUUCUUCUUAUUGAUUGCAAUACAGUUUAUUGUGCUACUAGAAUAGUGUAAGAAAAUAAAAGAAAAUUUAUCAC